AUGUCUGGCAAGGCUCCCAUAAAUUACUAUAGUUCACAGAACAGCACGAGGAAUUUCUCCUCGAAAUUAUACCAGGAAGUCCCAUUAUUUGAUCCUUUAGGUACAACAAAUCAAGAAAAGGAGACAGUUGAGAUGUUAUCUGAGAUUUACUCCAUUAUAAUAACGUUAGACCAAGUUGAAAAGUCUUUUUUGAAGGAUUCCAUAACAGCUGAUCAGUAUACAAAUGUGGUGAACAAGUUAUUAGCUCAAUAUAAGACGUAUCUGUCAAAUGAAUCAGUGCAAGAUGAGUUUGUAGACCCGGAUUCCUUUAAGAAAAAGUAUAAUAUAGUGGCAUCCAAUGCAAUUACAAGAUUGGAAAGGGGCAUUCCAGUGACAGUAGAACAUGCUACCCAACCUUCAAGUACAAAUAACAACACGACAUCUGCUAAUUUCAAUGCGAAAGAUGUUGCAGAGGCAACUGGUAAUUUCAUUACGGUGAUGGAUGCAUUGAAGUUGAAUUAUAAGGCUAAGGAUCAGUUACAUCCAUUGAUGGCAGACUUACUGCUCAGUAUAAAUAAAGUAGACGUGAAAAAAGAUUUUGAAUAUAGAGAUAAACUGGUUAGUUGGAUUAUUAAUAUUAAUAAACUGGGUAUUAAUGAUGAAUUAAAUGAUGAUGAAAUCAGAGAAUUAUUAUUUGAUUUAGAUAUGGCAUAUAAAAAUUUUUAUACUUUAUUAGAAUAG